UGGAGAUGGACACGAAAGUGGUGGAGGUGGUUAACCAGGAUGAUCUUCUCCAUGGCUGCCAUACUGGGCGCCACAAUGGGCACGGCCUCGGGCGUGCUCACUCUCUGUGGCCUCUCGCUCUUCUGCCGGUCCUGCCGAAGGAGCAAGCUGGAGGACGGAGACGAGUGUGACCCUGAGAAGCCCGCAGCAGGUGUGCUCACCUCCCUGCAACAGUUCAGAGUGGUGAAGUCCACAGAGUCCAUCCAGCCCCAGACUCUGCUGAAGUUCCCCAAGAUCUACCAACCCAAACCUUCCGUUACCUGCCCUGAGGUCAUCAACUACCCCAUCCCUGACCCAAUCCCUGAUUCCGCCCCAGAGGGGUCACAGCAACUCUCACAUCCAGAACCCUCAAGCCAGACAGACAAAGGUGGUAACCAAGCAACCAGCAGUUCUGAUGUUGCUGUGGUCCCUAGGCAAGACUCAUGCGGGGAGCCUCAGUGUGCUGAUGAAUCUGCCAAUGACACAGUAGUGAGCUCCCUCUUGCAUCCCAAGCUGCACUUCUCUCUAACCUAUCACAGCCAGGCUGAGGAGCUGCACAUCACAGUCAUUGAAGCGGAGCGCGUGACCAUAUCUCCAGGUUCCGAGGGCUAUGUCUCCGGUGUUCUGACAUGUGGCUCGUUCCAGCGGGAGGCGCAGACGUCUCGUCGCCCAUUGAGCAAGCGUGUCCGCUGGCAGGAGGGUCUGGUGUUCUCCGUGCCCGGCCCGGGGGGAUGCCAGGGGGAUGGCGAGGUGGCACUGACUCUCCUCAGCUGUGACCGCUUCUCCCACCACGCCACCCUAGGCAGCAUGCGCUUCAAGCUAGCGGACGUGGGCAUGAUGUCUGACUCAGAUUGCUGGGUCGACCUGCAGCCUCCCAAACAGCAGGAGGUGCUGUCUGCAGGGGAGCUCCUGUUGUCCAUCAGCUACCUGCCUGCAGCCAACAGACUGGGUGUGGUUGUCAUGAAGGCAAGAGGACUGCCGUCUGACAAACUUAAAGAUUGCAUAGACCUGUCAGUCAAGCUGACCCUGAAGCACCAGAUCACCAAGCUGAAGAAAAAGCAAACUCGGAGAGUGAAGCACAAGAUGAACCCCGUCUGGAAUGAGAUGAUGAUGCUGGAGGUUCCCAGGGAUCUUCUGACUAGGUCCAGUCUGGAACUUGAGGUCCUGAACCAGGCAGGGCAGGGCCAGGGCACAACCCAGAACCAAGCCCAGUGCCUGGGUAGGUGUCAACUGGGCCUCCAGGCUUCCAGCACUGGCCUGCAACACUGGCAGCAGAUGCUAGACAACCCCCGCAAGCAGAUUGCUAUGUGGCACCCCCUCAACACCUAAUAACCUAAUCACACACCCCUGACAUAACCUCAUAUAUCCCCUUGAUCUGAAACAAAUACCUCCAACUAACCCCCCCCCCCCCCGGAACAAAUACCCCUCUAUACAUCUCUCACAUGGAACACAUUUACCUUAAUUACCUUCUACUCUUGAUACAUACACCAUAACACACCUAACUAACCCUCUAUACCCUAUGCGCUAAAAUGAUGAGACAAACACCACAGUACCUAUCAGCUACGGUGCAAUAUGCUACCCCUUCUCUGUAGCCGGAACCACAACGUUUCCACUCAACCUGGACACCUGAGACAACCUCAACAUUGUCCACUGUACCACAUCACCUGUUCAUCAAACCAUACCAUUCACUCAUGCUGGUGUCAUUUAUCUUUGAUGGCACUUUCAAACAUGGGACUUUCAUCAGAAAACGGAACUGGACCGAACAAAUGGAUGGAAU